AUGGAAGUAUUUUGGAGUUUUCGUGGCAACUUAGCACUACUGUGCAGUGUUCUGCUGUGCCUCGGCCUUUCGCUAGCAAUACCGGAUAGUGUGUCGACGACACAGUUCCCGGUGUUUUUGCGCAGUCGGUUCAAUCCUCGCAUGCUAGAGACGAACGAAAUCCAACCGAAGCUGGAGUUGCCGAAGAAUGUGGAGGAAUUCGAGGGGUUGAUCACUGUUCCAUCGAAGGGAGGCGUAGCCAGCGUUGGCGAUGUUCGCUCCACCUCUAGUACGCCUGCGCCUUUGCCCGAGCCAGUGAGUACGUCGACGGUCCAUCCUCCAGCGUACAGCACGGUUCGAUCGACGGUUUUCGAUGAGAGCCGCUUCCAGUCGACGACGGUGGAUCCGCUGGCGGCGAUUCGCGACCCGCUGGAUGCGGAUGAGUGCGGUCUGUACACUGGCACCGGCGACAACUUCCCGUGGAUCGCUGUGCUGGAGCACAGCGGCCCGGACCACAGCAGUGGCCGCAAGCGUACGCUCAGCAAGGGAGUACUGAUCGACCGCCAUUACGUGCUGACCACCGUGUCCAGCGUGCAGAACUCCUAUCCCUCGUGGGUGUUGACGGGUGUCCGGCUCGGCGAUGCGCCCACUCACCGGGAGGGCAUUCUGCCGUCGGGAAAGCGAACGCACAGCGCCAACAGCACGCUGGUGCGCAUCCCCAUCGGGAUGGUAUUUCUGCACGAGAGUAAGGACAUCGCCCUCAUCCGGCUAGCAGGGGACGGCGUGAAGAACUUCACCGAUCACGUGCGGCCCGUCUGCCUGCCCAAGGAGGACCAUCGGCUGGAAGCGUUCACCAUCACGUCGCACGUGUGUGAGAAGCGGCCAACGCCUCCAACGCCCGCGGCAGCCCACUCCAGACAGGGCUCGCACAACCGGAAGAACAGCCGUAGCAGGUUGCAGCCGGUGGAGUUGCUGACCGGUGACGAAUGCAACCGGCUGUUGGAACCGUACGGCGCUCGCCUAGCGGGGAAGAGCUUCUGCGUCUAUGAAAAUGCGACCGACACCUGCACUGGACCUCUCGGUGGUCCGGCCGUUGCCAAAAUACGUGGCAGGUAUCACGUGGUGGGCUUGCGCUCAUAUCUGCAGACUGAGGUGGAAGUUGACGGAUCGGAGCUGCCAAGCAUCUACAUCCGUAUCGGAGGGUUCCGGAAGUGGAUAUCUGCAGUUAUCCGAGCCAUCCACUCUUGAUUCCUCACCCAAGCCAAAGCAAUGUCAGCGAUCGCCGGAUCGGAAAUCAAUCUGUUUCGAACGAUUCUCGAAUGUACUAGAAUUACACACGUUGUGCCGAGAGUCUCUCUUAUCAAAUUGUGGAGCCGGGAAUGCGUUUCCGGGCGACGGAGAAAAUAAAUCCCCUUCUUUCAAGGGUCAGAAAAGAAAUUUGCCAUAUGACUGGAAGCAGCUGCAUGAACACAAAAAGAUUGUCGCCCACCAGCUGCAAUCAGAAGUCGUAAAACCGUACAAAAAGACAUAACAUGCUCUAACGAAUCUCCUAGAACUCGUCGUCGCCGUCGUCGUCGGUAGACGAUGAAAGCAAUCAAUCUGGUUCCGUUUUUCCAGCAAAAUCUAUCGAUGAAAUGUGUCCCUC